AUGGGCAUUGAAAUCAUCGGAUUCACUUUCUCGCCUGCUACUCUUAGAACAAUCCUUACCCUUGAAGAGUUAGGUAUAGAAGAAUAUGAAUUUGAGAAAACACCACAAAUCAAAACGCCUGAAUUUAUUGCUAAUAAGCAUCCAUUUGGAAGAAUUCCAGUAAUGUUUGAUGACGGUUUUAAAGUUUUUGAAUCACGUGUAAUUUGUCGAUAUCUCGUAAACAAAUACCAAGGAACCAAGAAUUCUACAAUUUUGAUUCCAAAAGAUCUACAAAAGGCAACUUUGGUUGAACAAUUCUUAUCAGUUGAAAGUUUAUAUUUUGAUCAACCAUCAUUAACUAUUGUUUUUGAAGAAUAUAUUGCCAAGUGUAUGAUGAAUAAUGAACCUAAUACUAAAAAGGUCAAAGAAGCAAAAGAAAAUAUCGAACCAGUAUUGGAUGUUUAUGAAAAGUUUCUCAAAGGAAAAGAUUAUUUGUCUGGUGAAUAUUCUUUAGCUGAUCUUGCUCAUGUGCCUAAUAUCUUUUUUACUGUUGACAAAACCAACUCUGGAGAUAUAUUUAUUAAUGACAAGCGACCUAAUUUAGCUAGAUGGGUGAAAAAUAUUAGCGAAAGACCCGUUUGGAAACGAGUAUUGGCAAAAUAUAAUCUCAUCUAA